UCAUAAUAAAACACCAUUAUCAAUUUUCCCCUUUUCUUCCUUGAAAAAUCAAUAAAAAUAGAAGAAAAAGGGAGGAAAAAAAAAAUGGCUCUUCAUAACCAAAUCUUGCUUCUCAUUUCCCUUUCUUUUCUUGUUUUUCAACUCAACAUUGCUACCCCUACCCCUACCCCUAUUUCUUACAUUUCUUCAUCACCAAAUGUAUCACCAUCUCCUUCACCAUCCACAGAAAAUCUUGAAAUUCCAACAAAUGAUCAAGUUUCACUUGGAAACAAAGAUUCUGUAAACCAUUAUGUUGAUUCACUAAUGGAAAAAUCAGUGUCUAAGACAGAAGAUUUCCUUGACACCGUUGUCGAAAAGAGAUUAUCUGAUCCAGCAGCUGAUCCUUUUACUAAAGACUGUCUUUUGGUAUGCAAAGAAGUGUACGAGAAUGCAGUUGAUGCAAUGAAAAAGACAAUUGAAGAUGUUGACAGAGGUUCUUAUUACAGUGCUAAUGUUGAUCUUAGUGCAUUGACUACUGAUUUAGAAACUUGUAUGGAUUGUAUUAAGGAGAUAUAUGGUGAUGAUCAAGAAUUCAUGUCAUUUGAUGAUUGGGCAGAGAAAAUUACUGAAGAUGCCUUGGAAAAAAUUGUGGGCUUUAGCAGUUAAAUUAUAAAAAGACUGGAUUUAACUUAUAUGCAUUGACAGUCAGUGCAUAUGUUAAAUUAAUAUAAGACUAUUAAUUCAUAAAGAUACAAUUUUUAUAUGGUUGUUCUUUAUAGCUGAGGAUUCAGGUGGUUUGGGUGGAAUAUUAAUAAUUAAUAACCUGGCUAAUGUUUAUUUAAUUAGUGUUCUCUUUUAUUACCUUGUUGGGUUUGUAAUUCAGGGGAAAGAAUUGGUCAAGACUCUUGGCUAACUAAUAAUUAUAUUGGUAACAAUUUUGCUGUACUGUAAUUUCUUUUCUUCUUUGAUUAAAAAUUUCUCAAACA